AUCGAGUCAUCAGCUGACAUCAUCAACACAAUAUUUUCGUCGGAUGUAUUUUAUUUGAUUCGAGCAAAUAAAUUCAUUCAGAAAAUUGCAACAGGCCGGCACGCAGUGAAAAAAUUUCAUUUUGCCGUGUAUCAGGAAGAAUGUCGUCACAAAUCGUAAUGGAUCUUGGCGGCUUAUUGCCGAUGGCUGAGAAACGAAAAUUGUUGAAUCAAUUUAUGUUAAAAGUCGAAGCGAAUCAAGUGGAUAACAUUUUGCAAAGUUCAAAAAAUCUACCGGCAACGCAAUACAAUUUGCUAAAGUUCUUGUUGGCCGAUAAAUUUCAUCGGUUCGAUUUGAUCAUUGAAUUACUGUACGAUGGUGACUCGUCGAUUAUCGGUCCGGCCACAUCAAAAUUAUGGUUGUAUGAAGGGGCCGACAGCCCGUUUAGCGAUGGUGAUUUCCUAAUCAACAAACUGUUUCCGAAUGUUUCCUAUAAUUGUCGACAGAAGGUGUUGUAUCGAAUCGGUCGUCAUAUUCAGGACGAACAGAAAGCCGACCAAAUAUGGAAUUGUGUGGAACAGAAGUACGGAUUUCAUGUGGCCUUUCCGCUUCUACAAGCUUGCACAAGGGACAAAAUCACUACAUUGAUUACGAGCAGAAAAGUCGAACUGUUGGGUUAUCAAUUGGUACAAAUACUGAAAAAGUAUCCGGACAUCGGGCUGGACUACAUAAAGCAUCACUUCACCAACAUUGGCGGCUCUUCCACCAAUUCGUAUCGAUCACCAUUGGUUUAUUUGUACGACAAUCAUCGAGACGAUUUUCUGGACCUGUGCAUCAACCAUCCCGACAAAAUGAAUUCGUUCAAAUUCGGUAGAGGUCGAUCGACGAAAAUAAUUCGCGAAUACCGGACAAAGUUACUGGAGAAGCCAGCUGAAACGUCUUCGCUUCUGAAAUUCGACCGACUUCGACGAGAGUUUAAGCCCAGCGAGUUUCAAAUGUUUUUCGAGUUAUCAUUCGGCAAAGUUCCGUCACUGGCAAGUGUGAAUAUGACCGAUGUCUGGAAAUGGGCGAACACGGUUCCGGUUGAUCAACGCAUUGAUAUGAUCAAGCGAGCAUUCAUGAACUUGUUUCAAGUGAAUUUGGAUGAAAGUUUCGAGUAUCUGGAUGUGCAGUACAUUAUUCUGCUGCCGAAUGAGAAACGGCUGGCGGCCAUUGAGUGGAAAAGUGAAAACGAUCAAAAUUACAGCUGGCAAUUCAGAGAUUUGUACGUGCAUUACUUCAGCGACGAUGAUAAGAAACGUGCGUAUUUGCCACUGAAACCGAUCAGUCAUUCCGUACCGGAAUUACAGAAAUUACUUCUCAUCGAGCAGGACGUUAGUAAGCGCGCAACUUUGAGUAAAUAUUUGCUGGAAACGUGUUACAUCAACACCGAUCUGUCGCAACUAUUGAAUGUCCUUCUGCUAUUGAGCAAACGCUGUCGUAACGAUCAGUGCGAGGUCCGAAUAAUGAUCUUCAAUGCGCUGGAGCUGAUGAUAAACAAAAUGGAAUUUGCUAAGGAGCACUGGGAUGUUAUCAUUGAAAUGAUUCAGGUCUCACUCGUAUUUGCCGACGCGCGCGAUUACAGCGAUAACAGCAAGGAAAAGUUACUGGAAAAGUGCAUUGCAUUUCAUUUAACGGCCAAACUACCGUUAAACAACUUGGUGGCCAUGUACAUAAAAUUGAAAAUUAAGACCGGCUCAACUGCUUGGACAAAUAGUUUCGUUAAGAGUGAAACGGACAGACGGAACUUGUUGGUAUUGUAUGCCAAAGAAUUGGAAAAUCUGCAAGUAGCAAACGAUCUCCGUUCACACGAUGGAACUGUUUUGGAAGGAGAACGACUGUCAGAAUUCGUCGCUAACCUCAUCGAAGAAAUUUGCAAAUUCAAUAAAGUGGCAGCGAAUGCCUCUCCAAAAGUCGAACCCAUUUUGUUCGCGUCGAAUCAAUGGUUAAGAACGAGUCUCGAAAGAAUUGCAAAAGAAGAAGAGGAUCGAAUCAACAAAAAGUCAAACGUUCCACAAUCGCACUAUUCAUGGAACUUCGCCAGGCAGUUGGUCAACAUCGUGCAAGCAUUGCGAAAAGAAGAAAAUCUCUCGCUGGAUGUUGGACUAAAUGAUUCGGAGACUUUGUUUUCAAAAAUACUUCACACUUCGCCUUGCAGUUCCAUUAUCAAGUAUUUCAUUGCCAAAAAUCCAUCGCUUCUUAUGGAUAACUGGCCGUCGACCCUGGCAAAAAUGCUGAAAAGCGAAUCAGGCCUUCAAUUUAUGAAGAAUUUGCAGGCAUGGAACUACUCAAAUCUCACCGGUCCAGCCAUUAAAGUAUGUCAAGAGAUCAUCGAUCAAACAUUGGACCAUGAUUUGGACGUUACGAUUCAACAGAAGUGCAAUGCUGUAUCAGUGCUCUCUGUCUUAAGCAAACCUGCUGACUUUCUGUCGUUUGCCGAACGAUUUUAUCCAGAAGACAGUAAGGUGGACGUAUUUGCUGACAAUUCAAAGGAGGAAUAUCAAAUCCGACAGGCGAUUGCCAAAUCUCUGGUCAAUGUCAGCGUAUCACACUUAGCAUUCCCAGCGGUAGAGAAAUUCUGUGUCGGCGACUACCUAAAACUAGCUGUUGCCGCUCUGUACUCGCAUUCAGGCCGGGCCUCUGAAGUUAAAACGUUAGAGUUUCUGCGACAAAAACUUGUUAAAUCACCGGUGAGCCUUAAAAAACACAUCAUCCGUCUCUACUACGUCAUCGGCUCUGUGGAACAGAGAAUCGCUGCUUUCAAAGACAUCGACAGUUCCAAUAUCACUAUCCGAUUCGAGAUAUUCUGCAGAGCUAAUAAGUUGUUCAGAUCCAGUCCAUCGCAGGAAACGUGGGCAAUUUUAAAAAAUGCCAUGGACACUGUGACCGAAGAAGACGCAACAAUCGUUCAACUUUUGUACACAAAACCAAAAUUAGAAACCUUUCCAAUGGAAUACAUAUCCGAGUUUAUCAUCGCCUGCGUAACAGCUUUAAGGAAAGUAAAACUGGAACAUGUGGCCACGUUUAUGGCCCAUCUCGAAGUUAUAAUGGACCAGAUACCGGAAAAGACACUGGACGAAAUUAUCUUGCACAAGCACGCCGAGCAAACAUCUUUCAGCUCUUCGUUCUGCGUGAAAUAUAUUCAAAAUUCUUCAACUGAAUCAAUAGCAGAACAUCGGCUUACAAACAUGUGGCUUUUGCUCGUGAGUGUAAUACGAAAUGGCUGGGAUACAAAAACCCCACGACCUUACGAUUCAAAUAAUUUCGAUUACCCGACCCGGCAGUCUGUCUUCGGAUUCGUAUCGAAUUUAUGCGAGAGUCGAAUGGAUGACGCAUCAAAAGUGUGGCUGAAGACAAAAUCCCUCCAGACUUUAAUCGAGAAGUUCAAGGUUGAAUCGGCGACUAAGUUCUUUAAAGAGAUUUUGUAUAUUGAGCUUGGAUUGUUGAUGAUGUCAGAUGGGGAGAAGCGCGGAAUGAGCCGACUAAAACCAUUCGGUCAGAACUUGGCCCGUUUUACAGAUAAUUUUGUAGCGAAAUAUGGAGGAGAAAUCGUGUUGAUACUCAAGGAUGUUGUCGGUGAUUACGUGGAAAAAUGUUUCGCCGAUGAGUUCGUCCAAAAUGUAGGAGCAGUUGUUGAGUUGGUGGAUGGUAUUCUCGAAACGAGCAAGACAAGGGCAAAUCAAAUUAUUUCGAUCUUUUUGCUGCGUAGUGCUAAUCCGAAAUCGGGCAACUUGGUGGCUACUUUGAAGAAAAUCCAAAUUGUUCUACAGGAAUCAGAUGAUGUCGUUGCACAAAUGUACGCCGGAUGGCUAACCAACUAAAAUGUUGUACAGUCUUGUGAUCUAUUGCCUUUUUGUAUUAAAAUAAAUUGUUUUUGCUUUCUAUGGAAA